GUUCAGUUUCCUACGACAGGUCUAUAAGUGAUGUGAUCAUUUUAAUCAUUCAACUGCACUACAGUUUCUGCAAGGCCUCAUUUUUCACUCAAACAAAAACUAUACACCAAAAACUAUAAUAUUUCACAAAAUAUAUUUACCAUUUUCCUUUUCUACUCAAUUUCUACAAUAUUUAUUUUUAAAUUUUUAUCUCUUUUACAAAAUAGUUUCACCAACAACAACAACUAUUAUAAUAACAUUUUGCACAUUUUCCAGGAAUAAAUAAAACAAUUUUAUAAAUAAGUUCGUGUGUAUUCCAAUCAGAAAACAAAUCCAAGACGUUCUAAUUUUUUAUGAAAAUUUUUACUAAAUAAAUGCAAACAAAUGUAAAUAAAUAUUUAAUAUAUGAAUCCAAUAAAUAAAAUAAGCAAUAUUAAUUAGUGUCACAAUAUUAAAAAAAACAAAUAAGAAAAAUACAAAGAAAUACGAAAAAAAUACUCCAAAAGUGAAAAAAAACUGAAAAAAUCACCAAGGUGCAACAAAAACAAACAAAAAUGACUUCUACACGUGUUUUGUUAAUUUUUGCAAUUGUUAUUGCAACGCAGAGUGAAAUAAAUGAGGGCGCACGAAUAUUGGGAAUAUUCCCAUUGCCUGGCAAAAGUCAUGCAAUUUUAGGCGAGCAAAUAAUGAAAGUACUCGCAAAAAAGGGGCACAAUGUUGAUGUUAUAUCACAUUUUCCAAUGAAGAACAAAUUUCCAAAUUACAAUGAUUUGAGUUUACAAGGCUCGGCCGAAGUAAUAACGAAUAAUUUAAAUUACUCAAUGGUAAAAACAGUUUCAAUAAAUUCAAUAAAACAACUACUGGACAUGACAGGUGAUCCUGUUUGUAAUCUACUCCAUCACAAUACGUUUCAAAAUAUUAUCAAAAAUCCACCAAAAGAUCCCCCAUACGAUCUCGUCAUUGUAGAGUAUUUUACAGCCUACUGUUUCAUGGCAUUUGGAAGAUUACUAAAUGUACCAAUUAUCGGAGUAACUGCAUCUGUUUUACUCGAAUGGCACAAUGAUGCAGCUGGAAAUCCACACAGUCUUGCAUUUGUGCCCGGAGGAAUGACGGGUUUUUCAACAAAAAUGACAUUUUCAGAACGCCUGCAAAAUACAAUUUUCUCAAAAAUGAUGACCAACGAUUUCAAUCGACAAGUGGAGAGUCAAAAAUUAUUUGUUGACAAAUACAUUGGCAGUGGUUAUCCAUCGAUAUACGAUCUCACCAGAGAAAUGUCAUUGAUUCUAGUUAAUUCUCAUUAUAGUUUGAAUGGAAUACGACCAUUUACUCCGGGUGUUAUUGAAAUUGGCGGCGUUCACGUUCAAGAUAAUGAGGAAAAACUUUUGCCAGAAUUGCAAAAAUGGUUGGAUGAAGCUAAACAUGGAUUUAUUUACGUAUCGUUUGGCUCAAUGGUGAGAUUAGAGACAUUUCCAAAAAAAACACUCGACAUUUUUUAUUCUUCAUUUAAAAAAAUUUCACCAGUUCGUGUUUUAAUGAAAAUUGCAAAAAAAGAGGAACUACCACCAGGACUUCCCGCAAAUGUUAAAACAUAUCAUUGGCUUCCGCAGAUUCAAAUUUUAAAGCACAAGAACGUCAAGGGAUUUGUGAGUCACGGAGGACUCUUAAGUACAAUUGAAUCGAUUUACUAUGCAGUUCCCAUAAUCGGCUUUCCAUUGUUUGGAGAUCAAAACUUUAAUAUGAGAAAUUAUGAGAACAGAAAAAUUGCCAUCACAUUGAAUUAUGACAGUUUUACGGAAGAGCAACUUGAUGGCGCUUUGAAUAAAAUUUUAAAGGAUCCCGAGAUGAGGAAUAACAUUGAGAAAUUAUCGAAACUCUACAAGGAUCGACCGAUGACACCACAAGAGACAGUUGCAUUUUGGGUCGAAUAUGUCUUACGUCAUGGACCAGUGUUACGCUCGCCAGCAGUCAAUUUAUCUUGGUGGCAAGUUGAAUUAUUAGAUGUGUACGGUUUUAUUUUACUCGUCCUUUUGCUCGCUCUAUUCGUUAUUUUAUUAUUAAUCAGGAUUUUAAUCAAGAGUAUUUUUUCCUCCAACAACAAAUCAAAUAGUGAGAAGCUUCGUUCGAAAAAAACCAAAUAGAAUUUAAUUAGACAAGAAAUUAAACAAAAAUUUAGUUUAAGGUACACAUCAUAAUAAUUUAACUUCGUCACCUAAUUUAUGUUCUUCAAAGUAUUUUUUCUAAUUAUGUUUUUGAAAUUUUAAUAUUUAACGAAAUAUUCUCCCGCAAUAUUCAGGAAAUACAUACAUUUCUUUACGGGAGUUAAAAAUUAAAAUCAUUUCUAAAACAUUUGGAUUCGGAAACGGAAAAUAAUUUAAUUAAUUUUUGAAAGAAAAUUUUUUUUCAAUAAUUUAAAGAAGAUUGAAUUAAAAAAUUAAAUUAAACCGUUUUCUUCAAUUAUAUAGAUGCUAAAAAAAUAAUAUCAUCUUUUGUGCUGAGAAUGUAAAAGAAAACCAAAAUUGUCUCAUUAAUUAA